AUGCCUAUGCAAUGUGAAUUCACUGACUUGGCAAAACUUAUUUGCUUUAUUAGCGGUGAAGAGUUUAUUCUCGCGCGCAGUAGCCUAUCGGAUCCGGCCCUUGCUUACCAAAGCAUUGGACCGGGUUCGAGUCCGGCGUACACCAAUGAAUAUUUUCAAUAUUUAAGAGUAUUAUUCUGCUCAGCCCAAGAAAUAAAACGAGUUCCAAUCUCAAAAAGUUUACCCCCUAUAGUAGUCGCUCAUGACCUUAGUAGUUUAUGCGACUUUAAACAAAUUAAGAAAAAAAAAAAAAUGUACACGGAAAAAACGACAUUUAACUGGUUUCCAUGUUGUACGGAUCCUAGUUCCAUCUAUAAUGGAACUAGGAUCCGUACAACAUGGAAACCAGUUAAAUGUCGUUUUUUCCGUGAGUCGGACAGAAAAAGUUUUAAUUUCAUUGACGUUAUUUCUGUAACUUUUUUAUUCGGUUUGCGAUUGGUCGCUUAUGGUUAUGGUGGGUUGAAGUUUUUAUGCAAAAAUUUCCGUCAUCCAGCCCAUCUGCAUCGACCUCAUGUCCGAAUCAUGAUGGAUGGAUGUAUAAGUUAUAAUUAUUACGAACGCGAAAAUCGUGGCUCGAAAUUAAUAGUUGCAAUUGUCGAGAAUAAACGUCGUAUGUGUAUCAAGAUUACAAUUUUAAUUACCAACAAUUAA